GGCCUGGUUAGGGGGAGGUGGGUGAGAGACUCUCUCUAACUUUAGUGUCAUUCUGGCGGCCAUCAGCUUCAGACCCUCAGAGAGACACUGUGAGCGACCGCUGUAGCGGGAAGGAAGGAUCUUGGCUGCCAUGGCGUCGGCCAAUGAGAGCGGGGAGCGUGAUGAUCAGACAGUUCCUGGCGGUGAGGGAGAGGAGGAGGAGAGGACGGUCCAAGGAAUUCAGUCUCAUUACCUCCGCUGUCCAUCCCCCAGUUUCUCCAUGGCAUCAGAGUCCAGGUUCUCCAUGAUCUCAGGCUCUGACGCUGCGAGCAUCUUCAUGGAGCCCAUCCACCUCUCAUCAGCCAUCGCUGCGAAGAAGAUCAUCAACGAGGGUGAGACAGAGCUCCCACCUCGCAGCGUGCGUGCCGAGUCCAUCCCGGAGUCCAUGCUGGAAACCGCAGAGCAGUUGAUGGUGGAAGACCUCUACAACCGUGUCAGGGACAUGAUUGAUGACCGUAGCCCCUACAACACCCCCUGUGUGCUGGACAUCCAGAGGGCCAUGGUGCAGGACCGUAUGGAGGCUCCCAUUAACCCUGUGGACGAGGUGUGGCCCAACAUCUUCAUAGCCGAGAAAUCUGUUGCGGUCAACAAGGCUCGUCUGAAGCGAAUGGGCAUCACCCACAUCCUUAACACCGCCCACGGCACAGGGGUCUACACCGGCGAGUCUUUCUAUGGUGGCAUGAACAUCCAGUACAUGGGCAUCGAGGUGGACGACUUCCCUGACGCCGACAUCUCGGUGCACUUUCGGCCCACCGCCGAAUUCUUGGACGAGGCUCUGCUGACACACAAGGGAAAGGUUCUUGUGGUUUCCAUGAUGGGCGUUAGUCGCUCUGCCGUCCUGGUGGCAUCCUACCUGAUGAUCUUCCAGCACAUGACCAUCAUGGAAGCCCUGACCUCCAUGAGGAAAAAGCGUGCCAUCAACCCCAAUGAAGGCUUCCUGAAGCAGCUGCGAGAGCUCAAUGAGAACCUGAUGGAGGAGCGCGACGAUGACGAUGAAACGCUCAGCCAGUGCUCUGUUAUUGAUACACGCGCACGUGCCCGCAUCUUUGGUGACAACAGGGAUGAUGAUGAUGAUGAUGACACUGAUAAAGAAGAAGAGCAGAGUAUGAUUGAAGUGAAAGCACACUCCAUCAUGUUGGAAGAGGAGGAAGAUGGAGAAAGUGUGAUGAGCAGCGUCGCCUCCUCAGCAGCUGCUGCAGCGCUCAGGAGUGGACUGAUUGGAGCGCGGAACGGGCUGGACAACAAGGGAUCGGCUCCCACUCAAGAAGAGAUUGCUUUACUUGACCAGGAGGGCAAAGAAGAUGGUGAGCAUGAGGAUGGUCUUGACAGCAUGAUCCGCGAGUGGCAGCGGAGGAACGAGAAAUAUCAGAGCGAAGACUGGUGGGAGGCGCAGCUGAACAGCGACAAUGAGGAUGUGGAAUCCGCCACCCAGGGCCGACCAAGGCAGACGCAGGACGGUGUAGACGCUGAUGUGGAGAGUGUCACCAGCGAGGAUGUACGAGCUUUAAAAGAGCGGUUGAAACGUUGCCAUAGACGUCCACCCUCAGACGCGAUGUCCACCUCAAGCUGCACAAGUUACUCUGAUCUUUGGAAACAGCGGUUGAGGGAAAUCGAGGAACAAGCUGCUGCUCGCUACCGCAAGAAAGACGACGACGAAGCUAGUGAUACCAGCGCUACUGAAGCUGGUGAAGGAGGAAAGAAGAAGAUUGAUGACGAAGUGGAGAGCAUCCUCUCUGACACCAGCUCUAUGUACAACUUUUGCCAGAAGAACAAGGAGAAGAUGACGCCUCUGGAGCGUUGGCGCGUGAAAAGGAUCCAGUUUGGCUGGAACAAGAAAGAUCGAGAGGAUGGAGAGAAAAGUUCUGUAGGAGAUGGAGAGAAAGGUGACGGCGAGGGAGAGGCCAAGACUCCAUCCUUCCAAGAUGUCAACCUGACAGCGUAUCAGUCAUGGAAGAUGAGGCAGCAGAAGCGUUACGGGGAGGAAAACCCAGAUGAGAUUUUGGAGCUGAGUCGAGGUGAGGACUCUGCAACGGUCAAACGGAGGCAAAGGCGUGAGGAGAUCCUGGAGCGUUCAAAGAAAAAUUUAGAAGAGAGUCAGUCCAUGUGCAGCUGGGAGACUGAGAGCUGCAUCAGCGGAGGUACGAUACCUCUCUCGGCCUUCUGGGCUGGAGCUGGAGUCACCGGUCCGCAGAGCGUCGCCAAUGAUGACAACAUGUCCAUGCUCAGUGGCAGGUCGUCUGUCAUAUCUUCAGUUUCACAGGCUCGCAGUACAAGAUCAGCACAAUCUGCAGUCCCAGUUAAUCCCAUGACACCAGUUCCUCCCAUCCUUCCAGUUCCCACUGUCCAGGGACCUGGAGGUGAACCAAUGGUAAAUCUGGCCAGCAUCCAAAACUGGAUCGCCAAUGUCGUCUCUGAAACAAUCAAACAGAAGCAAAGCGAGAUGAGUCUUCCUCCUCCAUCACGCGCUGGAUCGGAACUUAGCUUUGGCGGUGCAACAAGUAUGAUUUCAGGCCGUGGCGUGGACGAUGACAAGGCAUCCUUGUUGAGCGGAGCUUCCUAUUCCAGUGCACUGUCUCAGGGUCGUGGCAGAGCGGCGUCAGUCCUCUCAGGUGGCGCGUCGAGCAGCUUCUCUGGCCUCAGUGGAAGAGGCUCUGCUCUGGGAUCCUCCCUUGGCUCCACCCUGGGCUCCAAGAAAAACAAGAUCACUACCACCAGUGUCCCUCUUUUCAGCCUCUUCCAAGACCAAGUCAACAUGGGCAAACUGGAUGCCAUGGAUAAGGAAAUCAAGUCCGAGAUGAGGGACAAGAUGGCUACCUAUGAAAAGAAGAAGAUCCUGGAGGACAACAAGCGCAGCACCCUGUACAAGAAAAAGAAACCAAAGGAGGACGAAGACGAGGAGGAGGAGAGAAAGAAGAAAGUAGAGGAGUUUCUUGAAGAAACAAAGAAAAAGGAGAAACCUACAAGGAGUUAUGGCCUCUCUGGGUGCCUAAAUCUCAACCCUGCUCUGGAGAAAGAAAAGAACACCAGCAUCGACGACUGGCUGAAAAGCGUCAGGCCUCCUCCAAAGAAACCAGCCUCCGCAGCAGAAGCCGGUCCCUCAGAGGAUCCCUAUGACGAUCUUGAUGCCUCCGCUUCCGAAUACGACUUCUCAAGCCGCAGGGCCUCAUAUGCUGUCGAGGAAGAAGAUGAAGAAACAUAUGGCAUUUCGUCCAGAUACAGAUCAAGGUUACAUGAGGAUCUAUCAAGCGAAGAUGCAGAAUAUUCCUGCAAUGGGUUGACGCAAUCCCACAGCCGGGCGGGGAGGUCGUACGGCGCUUACGAUGAGAGCAACGAGGCGACCGACAGCUACAGCGACCUCUCCUCAAAGAGAAAGUUCACUCAUCAUUCACGAUAUGAAAGCAGCGAGACAGAAGGGAGGAGGAGUAGGAGGGAGGAAGCCGCCAAGGAAGAGGAGGAUGACAUUGCCACUUUCAUUGCCCAAACCAGGCAGAGGAUUAGAGCUCGGGCCGCUGCCGAGGCCGAAGACGACGAGGUGCUCGAAGCUUGGAGAGCACAGCAGGAAGCAAAAUCACAGAGCAGAAGUGAAUCUUAGAAGAAACUACUGAUGCAGAGAAAUAAGAAGUGCCAAAUUCAGUGCUGCUGCUAGUUCAAACAUGGGUCCUUUUGACUAAUUUUGGACUUUAAAUUUGUCUAAGAUAAAUUAUCAAAUAAAUUAUUAUAUGAGGCUUAUCUUGAAAAACAUGUAAAAUCUUUUAGACACAAGUGUUGUGAGGUAGAUUAAGGUAUGGUUAAUCUAAGGUUAUGCAAUAUUGUUCAAUAAACACUUUUUUAAUUUGUAGAUGUAUUUGGGAAAGUAUCAAUAUCAGGAAGAAGAAAAAGCACUUUGCCUACUCGUCAUGCAGCAAAAUGUUUUGGGGAUGAAUGUUUUGAGCCUGUAUUAUUAAUAAUGACUUUAAAUGGGGUUUAUAAGGAUUUAAAGGUUUUGGUUGCACCACCGUUGAAUGUAAAACUGAUUGUAAAACACAUUUAAGGCAUAUUUUCAUAAAAGAUGAUGUGAAACUCUUGAAAAAGGGAAUCAAAUCCCAUUUUUACUGUUACGUUAUUUUAUUAUUGCAAUAAAUGUUCUGAUAAAUGAUGA